CGGAGAAGCUGAUUUUCCCUUUUGCUCGUUUUGACCUCCCUCUUUUGUAAUAAAGAUUUUCUCAGGGAUCAGGCUUGGGUGUCCGCCCGCCUGAGAGCAGCGAGGUUGAGCAGCCGACUGGAAGCUGGGAGUGCUGGUGGGCUUUCUGUCUGUCUUGUAGCUGCUCUGCUGGGCUAGUGCCUGGAGCCCAGGAUGGCAGUGCCUCCGGGUCUUUCCCCUGAGCAGGUCGCUCCCUGCUGAGUACUCAGCCUCCUCCUGAGGGAAACGGCACGGCAGGUGCCUACAGCCGAGGAGAAAGUGGCUGGGAGGGCCUCUGCACUCAAAAUGGAUAUGUUACUCAGUCCACCUCGAUCCCUCCGUCCCUCCCAGCAGCCCCGUGUGACCGUGCAGGGGGGUCCCAGGACAGAGAUCAGCCCCAGACAGUAAAGGCCUCCGUAGCCACCGCCACCGUCCAGUGCACACUGCCAUCACCUCUGACCUGGAACCCUGACACAACCACUUACCUCUUGUCCCCUCCUGUCCCUUCUGUCCCCACGAAGGAGUGAGGUAGCUCUUUCAUGUCCCUCUUUACCUCUGAAGCCUCUCCUAAGUAGCCCCCCCCACCCUGCACCUCUGUGGGGCCACACCCCUCUGUCAGUCCUGGUGCCUCACCUGGCCUCUCUGUGAAGACACAGCCCCCAGUCCCCUCCUCCUGAGAGUCCUCCAGGCCAGGGCACCUGCCACACCACCGGAGACGGCCGGCUCUGCCUGGGCCUAGGUGAGGUCUGCACCUCCAUGUGGGCACUGGUGCUCUGCGCGUGAGCCUGGCCCCUGUGCCGAGUGCCGAGCUGAACAGAGCGAGGAGGUCGUUGCUACUUGCCCCCCUGGAGUUCUGCUCUGGGAGCUGGCUGCAGGGGAGGGCCUGCUGAGCCCGUCAAGGCUGCCACCAGGCCAGCGAGCUCUGGCUCCGUCAGCAGAGAACACCGCUGCUCUCGGACCUGCAAGGCACACAGGAGGCUGCCUCCUGGGAUUCAGGGUGCAGAGACGCCCCACACUACCCUGCGGGCCUCAGUGUGGGCGGCCUUUCCCAGAGAAGGGACUGCUUGGCAGGCUGCCUUCCCUAUAACUGCUUGAAAGCCUAUUUCCGUAAUGGCCAUAAUGGGGCCUGACUAGGGAGCCAGGGACCUCCUGCGGCCGGGUCCCUGGCGAGGGAAGCUGUGAGUGGUGAUGCGGAGGCUCAGUCUGCAGCGUCCGCUGAGCACGUGCCAGGCACCAAUCCUCAUCUGCCCUUGGAGGAGGGGUUACAAUCUCCAUCGGGGAAAUGGAAAUGGCAGCUCUCUAAGUGCCUGUUCAAGGCCACACCAGGCAGCGUGAGUUCAAACUCAGGACUCCUCAGGCCCCUGGGCCCUGCUGCGCCCUGGCACCAGGAGAAAUAACUGGUGCCCCUACCAGAAGUCCAGGCUGGUCACCUUCGUAGCUGCUUGCAAAACGGAGAAAUUCCUCAUUCACUCACAGCAGCCAUGCCUGCAGGGAGCUUCGGACUGCCAGAGAGUCAAAGUCAUGUACCGCAUAGCCCACAAGCCGGUGUACCAGGUCAAACAGAAGGUGCUGGCCUCCGUGGUCUGGAGGUGCUGCCCGGGCUUUGCUGGCUCUGACUGCCAGCACCAUGAUCCUGCUGCGACCCCUGAGCCCGCAGACCCGGGUGACGACCUCCAGGAGCACUGGGCCGGGCCGGCGGACGUGGAACCUGCUGCAGAGACCAGCAACAUCAGGGUGCGGCAGGAACGCCUGCUGAGAGGUCUCCAGAAUGACAUCCACCACCCGGCGGACAGCCUCCCAGGCCCGGGGAUGGCCCCGGCAAGCAACCUCACAGCCGCAGUGACUGAGGCACAUGAGGAGGCGCUUGAGUUUCCCGGCAAGUCCUUGGAGCAGGUGCUGCCUUUCAGCCCCGUUUGGAGCGGCUUUAACCAGAGCCUGCACAGCCUCUUGGAGGCCGUCAGAAACCUCUCUCUUGAUGUGGAGGCCAACCGACAGGCCAUCGGCAUGGUCCGGGACAGCGCCGUGCCCAGGGCUGACUUCCAGGAGCUUGGAGCCAAGUUUGAGACCAAGGUCCAGGAGAACAGCCAGAGAGUGGGCCAGCUGCAGCAGGAGGUGGAGGACCGGCUGAACGCCCAGCAGCUCUCCCUGCAGCAUUCGCUUUCCGAGGUCCAGGCGGAAGUGGACACCAAGUUGAAGAGGCUCCUUAAGGCCCAGGAGCACCUGUCCAAUAGCAGCCUGGCGGCAGCCGCGGCUGGGGCAGGAGCCCGGCCCGAGCCGGAGAGCCUGCAGGCCCGGCUGAGCCAGCUGCAGAGGAACCUCUCGGCGCUGCACCUGGACACCAGCCACAGGGAAGAGGCGCUGCAGGGCACCCUGGCGGACAUGCAGGCGACCCUCGACCGGCACGUGGAAGAGAUCAAGGAGUUGUAUUCCGAAUCGGACGAGACCUUCGAUCAGAUCAGUGCGGUGGAGCAGCAGGUGGAGAAGCUGCAGGGAACCCAGCAGGAGCUGCGGGAGUUGCGCGUGGCCCUGAUGGAGAAGUCGCUCAUCGUGGAGGAGAACAAGGUGGACACGGACCGGCAGCUCCUGGAGCUCAACCUCACCCUCCAGCACCUGCAGGGCGGCCUCGCCGACCUCAUCAAGUACGUCACGGACUGCAACUGCCAGAAGCCCCCCGGGGGCCCGGACGGUACCCAGGAGGGCCCGGGGAACACCAUGCGCGACCCGGAGGGCGCCCACGGGAGCCUGGACCUGCGGCGCCCGGGGGACGGCUCCUCUCUGCGGGCCCUGGAGCACGCCGUGGCGGCCGUGUCGCGGGGGCUGGAGGAACAGCGGGCGGAGGCCCAGCAGGCGGGCGCCGACCGCGCGAGGCUCCGGACGCAGCUGCGGGCGCUGAGCGGCCAGGCGGCCGCGCUGCAGGCCGCGGAGGGCGAGCUGCGCCGGGCGGCGGGCGAGCUGCGCGCCUCCUUCGCGGCGCUGCUGGCGGACGCACUGCGGCACGAGGCCCUGCUGGCCGCACUCUUCGGGGAGGACGUGGUGGCCGAGGAGGAGCCGGGCCCGCUGGCCCUGAGCUACGAGCAGAUGCGCGUCGGCCUGCAGGACGCGGCCCUGGGGCUGCACGAGCAGGCGCGCGGCUGGGCCGCGCUGGCCGCCAGGGUGACGGCCCUGGAGCAGGCGGGGGCGGCCGGGGGCGAGGCGGCGGGGCCGGCCCGGGAGCUGCAGCGGCUGGGCCAGUGCUGCGCGGCCGGGGCCUCGGGCGCCGCCGCCCUCAACAGCUCCCUGCAGGGCCUGCACGGGGCCGUCUCCGCCGCCCAGCUCGGCCUGCAGCGGCACCAGCAGCUCUUCCACCGCCUCUUUGCGAACUUCCAAGGGCUCGUGGCAGCCAACGUCAGCCUAGACCUGGGGAAGCUGCAGGCCAUGCUGGGCAGGAAAGAGAGGAAGGAGCAGAAGGCCCUCGACGCUUCCCGGAGGAGGGACAAGAAGCAAGUGAGACCUUUGGCCGAUGCCGACGUCCACGGGCCGGCGCCACGAGCCCUGGGAGCCGAGCCUCAGGAGGCAGGCUCCCCCGUGGCCUUCUAUGCCGGCUUUUCAGGAGGGAUGGCCGCCCCGCAGACAGUGAAGUUCGACGCCGCUCACAUCAACGUUGGCAGCAGCUACUUCGCUGAAGAUGGCUGCUUCCGAGCCCCUGAGCGCGGGGUCUACCUCUUUGCAGCGAGCAUUGAAUUUGGCCCGGGGCCAGGCGCUGGGCAGCUGGUAUGUGGAGGUCACCAUCGGACCCCCAUCGGCGCCGCCGAGGAGCGGAGGGGCGGAGGCGCGGCCACGGCCUUCGCUCUGGCCGAGCUGCGGGAGGGCGAGCGCGUGUGGGUGGAGGUGACCCAGGGCUCCGUGCGGCAGGGAAGCCCGCCUGGCACCGCCUUCGGGGGCUUCCUGCUGUUCAGGACCUGAGCCCGGGCACAGCCCACCCUGCGCCGGGACGUGCCCAGCUCUCCUUGCCCUGGGCUCUGACCAGGUGGCCGGGAGACCAUCCAGGUUGGCUAGCUGUUCCCUGGAAACCCGCGAGGACAAUGGCCUCCCUGUGGAUGCUGCUCCCUGGGCGGCCCGGGCUGGGCGGGAAGCUGGGCCUGGUGGGCCUCCAUCCGAGGCAGCGGGGCUGGACUCCAGCUCCUGGCCGCCCGUCUUCUCCAGUGUCUGCUGUCUUGCUCCUUGUGGGUGAAAACCUCUGUACAACACUAACCUUUCUCCGGCUUCCUCAUGUCCCUAGUCCCCGCUAGAAAAGCAUUCUUUCCCAGAGAGAAUUUGGGAACGAGAAUCGAGGUGGCAUUUUGGACAAUCCGGGAAACCAGGCUCCAGUCCCUGCCGGCAGGUGAGGUCUCAGUCAGAAAUGAAAACUGGCCGAGUAUUAGGCGAAGGAAACACAAUUAGUGUCUUUUCCGUAGUCUCAGUCCUUCCUCGAAUGUACCUAUAACUUUAACUUCACCCCCUUUUCUCCUGCCGCACACGGGACAAAGGCCACGUGUGAACUGCGAGCUAAAAUGUGUGCCGCUUUCACCCUUCCACGCCUGACCACCCUCAUUCUGAUUAGCAUCUCUAUCAGGAAGGGAGCUGAGGGAUGAGGAGGGAAGACAACUAAAAGUCUCCCUCAAUUUCAUCAUCUUUGCAAUCAAGCAGCAAGCUCUGCCCGGUGAACUGAUGGUGGGAAGGAUGUGGCGAGGGGUGGAAAUGUGGGGCAAAAUAAAACUGUUUGCGAUAA